GGAAUUUAAUUUCUUGUGCUGGCAUGAUUUCUACUGCUAAAGAAUAAGUAAAGCAAGUUUUGGUUUUGUAGCUCUGUAAUUCCUCCCCUCUCAUCUUUCACUUUCGAUCCAUCACUUGCUUGCUAAAUUUAGAUGAUGAACUAAAUAAAGAAUGGAAAUCCCAUCGAGUAAUGGAGGAGAAAUGGCAGUGCCAAUCCAUCUCCCUCCUCCAAUUCACAAUGCUCAAGUAUUCAUACCUGCACAAAUCCCAUCUUCCAUUGGGCCCACCAUGGAUCAGCAUGGGCCCCACAACAUCAAUUCCAACCAAAUGGCUGUGAGCAUCAGGUACAGGGAGUGCCUCAAGAACCAUGCAGCUGGGAUGGGAGGGAAUGCCACUGAUGGGUGUGGUGAGUUUAUGCCCAGCGGUGAAGAUGGAAGCCUUGAGUCACUCAUCUGCUCAGCCUGCCAUUGCCAUCGGAACUUCCACAGGAAGGAGGUUGAAGGGGAUUCCUACGGCCCACCUUUCGGGACGAAGGUCUACAUGGGCUGCCACCACUUGCGAGCAUUGUAUGCUGACGCAAGUGGAUCAUCAGGCCCGCACCAAGUCAUUAACAUGAUAUCAGAGCCAAACAAAGAGAGGAGGGUGGUGGUGGUCAUGCGGCCUCCACACCCGGGGCAGGUGGUGAAGAAGAGGUUCAGAACGAAGUUUACACAAGAGCAGAAGGAGAAAAUGGCGAAGUUCGCAGAGAGGGUCGGGUGGAAGAUACAUAAGGAAGAAGAAGCAGCGGUGCAGCAAUUCUGCCAACAAGUUGGGGUGAAGAGAAGAGUUCUCAAGGUCUGGAUGCACAACAAUAAGCACACAGCCCUUUCCAAUAAGUUCUCUCAUCAUCCAUCUCCGAUCCUCUAAUGCAUGCCCAAUAACUACUUUAACUUUCUUGUACUUUUUAUUGUUGUUGCUGUUGAUGUAGACUUUUCUACCUUGAGAGUAUGGAUUAGAGGAUUUUAGCUCAAUAUAUUAAAAUGAUAUCGAGGUACAUUCCUACUUAAUAGGAAUGGGUAAGUAUGGUCCUGAUUAGAGUAUGUUCCUAACUUCAAUUCAUGUGGUGGUGUGGUACUAUGCAGGGGCGGACCCAGGAAGUUUGUCUUGGGAGUGCGGAAACUUAAACAAAAUAUUUUUUGAGAGGGCAAAAAUUGUUUUUUAUAUAUAUAUAUAUACUAAAAAAAAUUGUUGUUGGGGGGCGACCGCCCCCCUGGGUCUGUACUACGGUCCGCCCCUGGUACUAUAGUGUCUUCUCCGGCCUCCUUUUUUCUUUUACCUAAUUAUUAAUAUUUAUUACGUAUUAUUACCUUGGUCUCAUUAAGAUUGAGGAUUGAGACAUAACCAGGUGGUACACUUAAGAAAAGUGAGUUUAUGUGGUUGAUAUUGAUUUGAUAAAGUAAGAAUGAUUUAG